CAACCAGAGCUUAACACCAUAAAGAUACCCUUCUAUCAACUGUCAACUACUGCCACAGAGAUGAUACAUGAACAUUACAUUUCCAAUCCACACACAUAAAUAUAUCCCAAAUCAAGAAAUCUCCUCCUCAAUCUUCCUUUUUUUUUAUUUUGGUGCAAGAUUUGCAUGAUUGAAGCCGAAUUAAUAACAUGUUUGAUACAGGGGAAUUUUCUCCAAGUUCUUCAACAGCUGCUGUGUCUGCAGAGUGUUUUAGCAGUAGCAGUUGCUUCAGCAGUCUAUCAUCCUCAAAGAAGAAGAAGAUUCAUAGUAGUAACAACGCGAGGAGGUUCAGCGAUGAACAGAUUAAAUCAUUAGAAACCAUGUUUGAAACAGAGACCAAACUUGAACCAAGAAAGAAGCUUCAACUAGCCAGAGAACUCGGAUUGCAACCUCGACAAGUAGCAAUUUGGUUUCAAAACAAGAGAGCUCGAUGGAAAUCGAAGCAACUCGAAAGGGAUUACAGUAUACUUAAAUCCAAUUAUGACAAUCUUGCUUCUCAAUACGAAGCUUUAAAGAAAGAAAAACAAUCCUUGCUUAUUCAGUUACAAAAGCUGAAAGAAAUCGAGUCAGACAACAGAUGCUCUGUAAUUAAGAAAAAUGAAAUGGAAGGGAUGCCAAGCUUGUCUUUUGACUUAUCAUCUCAACAUGGAACAAAUGGUGUUAUGUCAGAUGAUGACAUUGACAGCAGUAUAAGAGCCGAUUAUCUCGGGUUAGAUGAUGAUGCAGAGUAUCAUCUACUGAAAAUUGUUGAAACAGGGGAUAGUUCUUUAACUUCCCCUGAAAAUUGGGGCUGUUUAGACGACGAUGGUAUCUUAAACCAUCAGCCUAAUAGUUCUAGUUAUGAUCAGUGGUGGGAUUUCUGGUCUUGAAUCAAAAUCGUUGAUAAAUAUUUAAAAAUGAUCAGAUACCAAAUUGCUAGCGGUUCUUGUACAUUUGAUCGAGCAUGCUGGCACCCUCCUCUGUUAUCACUUUCAUCUUAGCAACUUACAGUGCCUUUGUCUACUGGACAAACUGUAAUCUUGUAUACUAGUACUAGUCCAUGGUGGUUUUAGUUUGUAUGCCUUGAAAUAUACUAUGAGUAAUAAUAAUAAUUAUCAGACCAGAAUAGUUAAGUAUAA